AUGGGCUCAAUUCUUCCAGAUGUCUCUGACUACGACAGAGUCAUUUCUCGUGGAGAAGGGCUCGGCCAGAUCUUCUACCAGCGCAUGCUCGAGGACCGAGAGGCCGUCGCAAUCAUCGACGAAACCACCAAAAGCCUGUCAUACGGCGCUAUUCAUGAAAAGGCAAUCGAGCUGGCGCAGACACUCACCGAGCACCAGUACACAGCUGGAGACCGGGUCGGCGUCAUCGUCGAGCAUGGCCUCUGCGACCCAGUCGCGCAAGUGGCGAUCAUGUACGCCGGCGGCACCUGCGUGCCAAUCGACCCCCUGCUCCCAGAUCAGCAGAUCAAAAGCCGGUUGUUGAGGUUGGGCGUCCGACACGUCCUUGUCGACAAGGCCAAUGCAAAGCGAAGCCUCCCCUUUGCCAUGCUCGUCUUGCGCGACGGCCACAAAUCAUCCAAGAAAUCAACCUCGGCCCGUACCGGCACGGCUGCAGGCGAACGUUGCUUCCCCGUCCCCACAGGGAUAGACCACUGCUCGCAUCUCAUCCACACCUCAGGCACAACGAGCGAGCCCAAGGCCGUGCAGAUCGCCGCGCGUUCCAUCAUCCACGUCGCGCACCACGCACCCUAUGAGCCCGUCCGCAAGACAGACGUGGUCGGCCACCCCAACAAGACGAGCUUCGACGUUGCCCUCUUCGACAUAUGGGGCGCGCUUCUCCGCGGCGCAGCCAUCGGCGUCCUUAGCAAACCAACUCUCCUGGACAGCGCCGCGCUAGCCGCCGCCAUCCGCCGGCUGAAGAUCACCAUUGCAGCCAUCACGGCGCCGCUUGUCAACCUGGCGGCGACGACGCACCCGGCGACCUUUCAACCGCUCCGGGUUGUCCUGAUGGGCGGCGAAGCGGUCAAUCUCCGUGCAAUGGAGGCGAUCCUGUCGGCGGGGCCGCCCACGCAUCUGAUGAAUGCCUAUGGCCCAACGGAAUGUUGCGUCUACUGUCUCACGCACGAGAUUACAUUUGACGACGUGCGUGCGGGCAAGGUCAGUAUCGGGGAGCCGAUCGGACGCAACGUGUGUGCUGUGUGCGACGAGGAGGGGAAUCCCGUCAAGCCAGGCGAAGAGGGCGAGCUGCUCGUUGGCGGACCCGGUGUCUCCCCGGGGUAUGUCGACCAGCCGGAGAAGAACGCAAAGACGUUUGUGGCUGUCCCCGGCAUGGUCGACCCGGAGACUAAGCAGCCCUACCGCAUGUACCGGACGGGCGAUCUGGUUCGCCGGCGCCCGGAUGGGCAGCAUGAUUUCCUUGGCCGUCGCGAUGAGCAGGUCAAGAUUCGGGGGUUCCGUGUGGAGCUCGGGGCUGUGCGGUCCGUGCUUAUGGGCACGGGGCACUUUACUGAAGUAUUUGCCAUGGCCAUGGACUCGCAGGCGGCUGGGGCCGGUGCGACUCUGGUUGCGUUUGCCGUGCUGCGUGCUGAUGCGGCCAAGAGUGCCGUGGCUGAGGCUGUCGAGGUGGCCAAGGCGACUCUGCCGGACUAUAUGGUGCCUCACAUCGAGGUGGUAGCGGAGAUGUCUCUGAACGCGCACGCCAAGAUAGACCGAAAGAAGUUGGAGAGCAUAUAUCACCAAAGACGUGAGAGGCUCCUCAAUGGCAUUAAUGGGCACAAGGAGGAGAAGGUGAUGAGUACACGGCAGCAGAUCGCGAGUAUCUGGGCGAUGGUCCUGGCCACGCCGGUCCCCGAAUACAACGACGACGACGACUUUUUCGCCAUGGGAGGCACCUCCCUGCAGGCUUCGUUGUUGAUUACUCUCAUUAGGCAGCAGCUCAACACCGAGAUCUCUCUACUCGCCCUAUACGAUCAUCCCACACUCGGCCAGCUAGCCGCCAUCGUGGACCGACAUCGAGGGUCGUCCAUGGCUACCGUCCGCGACGAACAAGAUGCACUGGCGGCCGACAUAAGGCUCGCAGAUGAGCUGGAACCUCCCGUGCAGCCAGUGGUUGACUGGCGUCGUGACACGGAAGGGAGGGUCUUCCUCACCGGCGCGACCGGCUUCGUAGGCGCAUUCUUCCUGUCCUCGCUCCUCACAAUGCCCGGGGUGUCCCAGGUUGGCUGCCUUGUCCGUGCAGCAACCCCCGCCAGAGCCCUCCAGCGCAUCCGCGCUACACUCGUCAAGUACAGUCUCUGGCAGGACUCGUUCUCAUACAAGCUCCUUCCCCUGUGCGGCGACAUCCAAGACCAUUGGCUCGGCCUCGGCGAGGACCGCUUCCACGAGAUCGCAGCCUGGAGCAGCGUAGUCUUCCACUUUGCCGCCCUCGUCAACUACACAAAGCCCUACUCCCUGCAUCGCCCUGCAAACGUCAUCGGCACAGCAAACAUUGCCCGCCUCGCAGUCACAGCCCGCCCCAAGGCCCUCCACUACUGCUCCAGCAUAUCCUGCUUCGGACCCACGGGGACCAUCAACGGCUCCAAGAUCGUCUACGAAGACGCCCCGCUCCUCCCGCACCUCCCGGCCCUGCCCUACGAUCACGGCUACGCGCAGAGCCAAUGGGUCGCCGACGCCCUCCUCCAGCGCCUCAUCACACGAGGCUUCCCCGUCGCCAUCUACCGUCCGGGUUUUAUAACGGGUCACUCGCAGACCGGCAUCUGCAACCCAGACGACUUCUUCAGCCGCCUCAUCUGCUCCGGCCUGGAUCUAGGCGUGUACCCAGAGCUGCCCGACCAACGCAAGGAAUUCGUCCCUGUUGACUACGUCGUGUCCGCAAUGCUGCAGAUAUCAGACUCCGUCUUCUCCGUCGGGCACGCGUUCCACCUUCUCCCCAACCGCACCGCAUCGGUCGACAUGAUCCAGACCAUGGACCUGAUUUCCCAGGUGCGCGGGACACCUAUACAGCGGCUACGGUAUGAGGAGUGGAUUGCGCGGUUGUCUACGACCUCGCAUGCGAGCCUGCAGCCGCUGCUGCCCAUGCUCGCGGAGAAGGUGCGCGACGGGCUGAGUCGCUGGGAGCUGUAUGAGAGGAUGCCUGUUUAUGACGCGACGAAUACGAAGCGUGCGCUGGCGAUGCUGCCGGUGCAGCUGGAGUGCCCGGUUUUUGAUCGCGAGUUGGUGAAGAAGUAUGUUGAUUAUUUGUAUGCGGCGGAGAGGGGGCAAGUUUGA